CCCUUCGACAAAAUUGUGCGUGUUGGAAACCGCUAUAGAUGAAACAGUUUAAACGAUAUAGAAGUUCAUGGAUGAUCGUAGUUUGUGCGAGUGCUACAUUUUGAUUCCUGUUGCUGAGCAGCCCUCUGCUGAUCGUUGAACGAUAAACGACACAGAAUUUCUGCUUGAGACAUUUAGAGGCAGAUGGUAUUAACCGACAGAUUCCCAUGUCGUCACGUAAAGUUUUUGUGUUCGAAACUUCUCUCAAAAAGGGGCUGCACUUUAGCGCAACUUAAUGGGAAUUACCAAGUGUUCGAUUAUUAUUGCAGAAAUUUUGUGACUUGGGCUAGAACAGGAGAUCGUCCGAAGAUUCGCCUGACACUUUCAAGUUACAUUUUGGCCAGGAACACCGUGACCAAAUCCAACGUGAUGGCUCGCGGUAAACUUCGAGUAAUCGAACUGUCGGCUGGUGUUGAAGGUCUCGAACUAACAGAGGGAGCAGCUAAGGUGCACCUUAAAAAAGACCAAGGAGUAUUCUACAAUCCAGUGCAGUGUUUUAAUAGAGAUAUCAGUACUGCUGUUAUUAACGAAUAUCUUCGCGAGCGAAAGGAGUUCAUUAUUCAAAAUAAAAAAUCGUGGGAGCAGCGGGCUACGAUACUUGAAGCACUUGCAGCUUCUGGAUUGCGUUCUAUUCGUUACGCGCUCGAACUGGACGAUGAGUUCAUCAAGGAAAUUGUGGCCAAUGACAUUUCAAAGAACGCCAUCGAGUCUAUACGAAUGAACGCGCAACUAAAUGGCUUGGGUAACAAGAUUCGUCCUAACAUGGGUGAUGCUGUUCUUUAUAUGUAUCAAUGCAAAUCAGAAGGUCGGUACUUUGAUGUCGUUGAUUUAGAUCCUUACGGCUGCGCAGCCAAGUUUCUAGACCCGGCAGUUCAAGCUGUGCAGAAUGGUGGCCUUCUUUGUGUGACAGCUACCGACAUGGCCAUCUUAUGCGGGAACACUCCUGAAACAUGUCGUGCAAAGUAUGGAUCCGUUUCUCUUCGAGGGAAAUUCUGCCACGAGAUGGCUUUGCGAAUUCUUCUAUGCAGUAUUGAAAGUGCCGCUAAUCGCCAUGGAAGAUUCAUCACACCACUUGUCUCUAUUUCAGUCGACUUCUAUAUUCGAGUAUUUGUGAAGGUAGAAGCGUCUGCUCAAAAGGUAAAACUCUCAACGUCGAAGCUUGCUAUCGUAUACUGCUGUAACGGCUGCGAGAAUUUUCAUUUCCAGCCGAUGGGAACUCAAGUUACAGUGGAACAGAAGACCCACUUUAAAAACUCUCGAGGCCCACCUGUAGGUCCUAUUUGUGACAACUGUGGAGGCACUUUUACUAUGGGAGGUCCCAUUUGGACUAAUCCGAUUCACAGCAGAGAUUUCGUAUUGAGACUGCAGCAAAGCCUUCGCUCAUAUACCCAACUCGAAGUUACAGACCUACCUGACUUCGAAGCCCAACGGAGGUCACUUGAGAGUCGGGAACAAGCAUCUGAAAUUGAUAAGCUUUCAGUUGUCACUGCGGAAAACAGCAAUAAUAAUAACAAUAAUAGUAAUAUCAGCAAUAACCAGGAUGAUUGCAAUCGCGGAGUUCAGAAGAUCGGACGGACUACGGUCGAACGAGGAAGAUUUCAGACGCUACGACGAAUGCAAGGCAUCGUCAAUGUCAUUUCAGAGGAGCUACUUGAUGUGCCGUUACAUUAUACUCAAGAAAAGUUGUCACAGGUCCUCCGUUCAGACACCGUGCCCAUGAUCAAGCUUCGAUCCGCAAUUAUGAACGCCGGUUACAGAGUUAGUUCGUCACACACAAAUCGAACGUCUGUGAAGACCGAUGCUCCUUCCUACGUCAUUUGGGACAUAAUGCGGCAUUGGGUCAAAUCGAGGAAGAUUGUAAAGUCAGCCGAAUUGGCAACACGUCAAAUCAUUUUAUCGCAUAGCAUUAAGACGAGCGUAAAUUUCAACGAAAGGCAAGACGCAAUUGCGCCAUCUAUGAAGGACAAGUCUCUUAGGUAUCAGAAUAACCCUGAGAGAAACUGGGGUCCGAAAGCUCGAGCUACGGCUACCGAUGAAAUUGAGGAGAAACGAAAAAGGCUUCAGGGCAAAAAAAAACGUCACCGGACGAAUGCUAAUAACAGUGACGCCAAUCAGCAAAACAACGUCAAUGAACCUAGGGAAGACAAGAACGAUAAAGAAAGUCAAGGCAGUAGUAGCGUUGAACCCAGCGGUCAUAGUGAAGUAUCAACGGACCUGGACGCGCAGCAUUUAACAGAGCCUACGGCCAAGAAGAUUAAGCCAGAGAGUACAACGCACGCACCUGCAUGAGUAGUGCAGGAUGAUAUACAGAAGAUUGCCUCAAUCAUCGUGCAACCAUUAUUUGUUCUCAGUCAGGAUGAAGAUUAGCCUCAACUGAAGAAGCCUGACAGCUGAAUGGAAUGCGUGUUCCCGUAUCUACUACGGAUACAUGCACGACCUGAUGAAUUGUACAAGUCGUUAUUAUAAAUCAAUUGCGCUUUUUGUAUUUAUAUUGAUGCCAAAUAAACGCAAAA